AGGUGGCACUUUCGUCUAUAAGAGCACGGCCUGGUAGCAUGUCUAGAGACAACAACCUAAAGUGACCCUAACACCACAGUCAGAGACAGAGUAAAUGCAUAAACUGCGGAGCCUCUCUAUAGCCAAAGUGGCUAAAGUUUUCAGCAGAUUGUCGACAAGACUAAAGAACACAGCAGGAAGACCUUCAGCUCCACUGGGUUCACGGAUUCUGACCAAUCCUGAUGACAUCUUUAAGCACAACAUGUGGGAUCAUGUACAGUGGUCAGAAGAGGACAAAGAAAAUGCACAGCAGAAGGCACAAGAAAAUUCCUGUGUGCAAAUUCCUUUAAAUGAACAAGGUAAAUUUGACACAGAAGCUUACCUGUACUGGGACAAGUUUUAUGAGAUGCACCGGGAUAAGUUCUUCAAAGAUCGCAAGUGGCUGUUUUUAGAAUUCCCAGAACUGCUUCCAUCGGAUACAAAAAACCAAGCCACAACCAGAUGUCAUGGUGAUCAGCAGGUGGAAAUCCUGCUACCUAGUGAAUCCAACAUGGACUCAGAGACCAGACACCAUCAACACAGUGGCACAACUCACUAUCACAGACACGCCCCUGAUUGUCAGAAGGCCCGUCAAGGAGCAUCACUGGAAAAAAAUGAAGAUGCCACUCAGACUUCUACUUUCCCUGGACAACAUGCAUCUUUCAGGAUCUUGGAGGUUGGAUGUGGGGUUGGUAACAGUGUAUUUCCCAUUGUUAAUUCCAUAAAAGGAACAGAUGCAUUUUUAUACUGCUGUGACUUCUCCCCACGUGCCAUUCAGGUGGUCAAGGACCAUCCAGACUAUGAUGACUCUGUGUGUCAUGCCUUUGUCCAUGACAUUUGUGAGGAGAUGGCCUCCUUUCCCUUUCCUCCUCAGAGCCUGGAUGUUAUUCUAGCAGUCUUUGUGCUCUCCUCCAUUCAUCCGGAGCGAAUGCAAGGAGUCGUGGGGAGACUAUCUACAUAUUUGAAACAUGGAGGGAUAUUUCUCUUCCGUGAUUAUGGGAGAUAUGACUUCUCACAACUCAGGUUUAAGAAGGGACGGUGCUUAUCAGAGAACUUCUACACACGUGGAGAUGGAACCUGUGUUUAUUUUUUCACAAAAGAAGAGGUUCAUGAUUUAUUUUCCAGUGCUGGACUGGAAGAAAUUCAGAAUCUGGAGGACAGGCGACUACAAGUGAACAGAGGAAAGAAAGUUGCAAUGCACCGUGUUUGGAUGCAGAGCAAGUACAGGAAAUCAUAUCAACCUCCACCAUCUUAACACCCCACUAUGCACAGCCUCAUUCAGAGCUAGAUGUCUUUUUAUACUUUGAUGCUUCAUUCGAUCUUGAUGUGUUUUUUACCAAAGAAGUAUGUGUACAACAACAAAACUGUAUGAAAUAAACUUUGAAGACAUGUUGUUAAACAUAGCUGUGGUGUUAUCUGGUUUUAUAUACUAUAGAUCCCUGUUUAAUACACUGUAUUAAUACAGUAAUCUACAGUAUAAAGUGACCAAUUAGUUGGGAAGGAAGGACAGACGAGACAGUGAGCAUGCAUUUGACUGAACACACUGACUUUGCUAAUGAGUGAAAUUCAAAGCCCCCUUAUUUUUUUAGGAUACAUAUUAUGGAAGCCAAUUAAUUCAAGCAAAAGAAAAGAAUAGAUAAAAAGUUACACAAGUCAAAAAACUGGGAAAAUUAUAAGGAAUUAAAUUUUAAGAUGUCAAAAUUAUGAGAAAGUAAGUCAAAUUUCCUACCUUUGUCUAAUAAAUUUUA